AUGCGCCGUUUGAGUGUCACAAGCAUGCCAUUACAGUACCGUGAUAUCGCAAGACGUGAUAAAAGUGGUGGAAAUUUACCCCUGCAGCAACAUGGUGCUUUAUCAAUUUUCUUCAGGGUGAUUCCCGGUGGUCAUGCGUUGUUUCUUAUAUCAAACGGACCAUGUAAACUUUUUGGGCGCUUCGCAUGCUAUGUUGGGUACAGCUUUAUGAUGCACUGCCAUGCUCACUGGCUAUGGAGUUUAUUACUCUCGUUUUCGUACCGCUACUACAUAUUAUUUCAUCCUGCCCCUAAAAAUAGCACCAUUGUUUAUAUCAUUGCACUACUCUACAUACCAUCCUUCAUUCAGUUUGUGACCUUCUGCUUUACGAGUGACAAUGCGGCAGAACUAAAAAUGUUGGUAACAAAAAAAUAUGGCUACGAUGUGACUUCGGAAUGCGUGAAUGGUCAUUUGAAUAUAUUCAACUGGAAAGUGAUGUUCACAAUCUUCCACAUGACAUUACCUAUAACUCCGGUCUACAUCGCGAUUCUAUUUCUUAGAAGGCUCACUAUAGCAAAACUGAGAACUGAAAGGACCAUGUCGGAAAACAGCAGGCGCCUUCACGAGCAGCUUCUCAUGGCACUCACCAUCCAGGCAUGUCUGCCAGUGUUCUUCCUGAUCGCGGUUGUGAUCUAUACAAUUGAACAGUUUGACAUCUACAACCAUCCAGUGCUUGAAUAUUCUAUCUUUCUUGUCGGCAGCUUCAUCCCACUACUGAGCGCUCUUACGUCGUUUUAUUUUGUCCGGCCGUAUCGCGUGUGGAUACGGGAAAACUUGUUCUGUUUACGCAAGAUAAUUAGAUCACAGACAACAACAUCAAUGGUGAUGACACGUAGCAGCUCAGAUACUAGCAAGUUAAACAUUUGA